UUCCUUUCUUCCCCUCAUAAAAAGGCCUACCCAUCCCUCCCUUGUUUCCUCAUCUUCUCUCACUCCAUUUUCCUCUUCACUCUUCAUUGCAACCAACAACACAAACAACAAAACAACCUCAUCAUAGUGUGAUACUCCAUCUCUACUACUAUUCAAUAGGAUUUGGAGCAUGUGCAGUGGUUCAAAAAGUAAACUUUCUUCCUCAGAACAAGUCAUGGAGAGUCAGAAGGAGAAUUGUGAUGGUCUCCACAACUUUUCAAUUUUGCUUGAAUUGUCUGCUUCCAAUGACUUUGAAGCUCUCAAGAGAGAAGUGGAUGAGAAGGGUUUGGAUGUCAAUGAGGCAGGCUUUUGGUAUGGAAGAAGGAUUGGAUCAAAGAAGAUGGGAUCUGAAAAGAGGACCCCUCUUAUGAUUGCUUCUUUGUUUGGAAGCACAAGGGUGGUCAAGUAUCUUGUUGAGACAGGAAGGGUUGAUGUGAACAAGGCCUGUGGUUCUGAUAAGGCCACAGCUCUUCACUGUGCUGUUGCUGGUGGCUCUGAGCUCUCUCUGGAGGUUGUCAAGGUCUUGCUUGAUGCCGGUUCAGAUGCUGAUUCCCUUGAUGCUUGUGGAAAUAAGCCGAUGAAUUUGAUUGCGCCUGCCUUCAAUUCUUCCUCCAAAUCAAGGAGGAAGGCCAUGGAGUUGCUUCUGAGAGGUGGGGAGAGUGGUCAACUCAUUCAUCAGGAGAUGGACCUAGAGUUGAUCUCUGCUCCUUUCUCAUCAAAAGAAGGAAGUGAUAAGAAGGAAUAUCCUGUUGAUGUAUCGUUGCCGGACAUUAACAAUGGUUUAUAUGGAAGUGAUGAGUUCAGGAUGUACAGUUUCAAGGUGAAGCCAUGCUCAAGGGCUUACUCCCAUGACUGGACUGAGUGUCCUUUUGUUCAUCCAGGGGAGAAUGCAAGGAGGAGAGACCCAAGGAAAUACCCUUAUAGCUGUGUUCCCUGCCCUGAGUUUCGCAAAGGGGCGUGCCAGAAGGGCGAUUCCUGCGAGUAUGCACAUGGUGUUUUCGAGUCUUGGCUCCACCCUGCACAAUACAGAACAAGGCUUUGCAAGGAUGAGACUGGCUGCGGUAGAAAGGUUUGCUUCUUUGCUCACAGACCUGAGGAGCUGCGACCGGUGUAUGCUUCCACUGGCUCAGCUAUGCCUUCACCAAAAUCUUACUCAUCUAAUGCAGUUGACAUGUCAGUGAUGAGUCCAUUGGCUCUUAGUUCCUCAUCCUUGCCUAUGUCAACUGUUUCAACACCACCCAUGUCUCCCUUGGCGGGUUCAUUGUCUCCCAAGAGUGGAAACUUGUGGCAGAACAAGAUAAACCUAAACCUUACACCGCCAUCAUUGCAGCUCCCCGGUAGCCGGUUGAAGACUGCCUUGAGUGCCAGGGAUUUUGAUCUGGAGAUGGAAAUGCUCGGGUUAGGAAGUCCUACUCGUCAACAACAGCAGCAACAGCAGCAACAACAACAAUUGAUAGAAGAGAUUGCCAGGAUCUCUUCUCCAUCUUUCCGCAAUAGGAUUGGUGAUUUAACUCCUACUAACCUUGAUGACCUGUUAGGAUCUGUUGAUUCUAAUUUAUUAUCUCAACUCCAUGGACUUUCUGGACCUUCAACACCUACACAUUUGCAAUCUCAAAGCAGGCAUCAGAUGAUGCAGCAGAACAUGAACCACCUUCGUUCGAGUUAUCCAUCGAACAUCCCUUCCUCUCCUGUGAGGAAGCCCUCGUCACUAGGGUUCGACUCAUCCUCCGCUGUGGCGGCUGCUGUGAUGAAUUCCAGGUCUGCUGCCUUCGCGAAGCGAAGCCAGAGUUUCAUCGAUCGCGGCGCCGCCGGAACCCACCAUCUCGGGAUGUCUUCACCUUCCAACCCUUCCUGCAGGGUGUCCUCUGGCUUUUCAGAUUGGAAUUCCCCUAGUGGGAAACUGGACUGGGGUGUGAAUGGGGAUGAGCUGAGCAAGCUGAGGAAAUCUGCUUCCUUCGGCUUCAGAAACAAUGGGAUGGCUCCAACUGGUUCCCCCAUGGCACAUUCAGAACAUGCUGAGCCUGAUGUCUCUUGGGUUCAUUCACUGGUGAAAGAUGAUCUCAGUAAAGAGAUGCUUCCACCAUGGGUUGAGCAGUUGUACAUAGAGCAGGAGCAGAUGGUAGCAUGAUGAGUGCAGCUGCCAUGGCAAACAAAGCUUCUUGGUUAUUCUGACAAAGUUUAUUUAUUUAUUUAUUUUAUUUAUUAAUUGAAGUAUUACUUCUGUCCAACAUUACAUAAGAGUAUAGUUAGUGAUAGGAUGAGAGAUGUUGCAAAAAAUCAACAAAGUUCAGGUUAAUCCAGGGAUUUGAAGAUUUCCAAGUUCCAACUUCUAGAUCAGGAAGGACUUGGAGAAACAUUGGAUGAAGUAAGGAUGCUGAUUUUUUCAUUUAGAUGUAUUAUAUAAUUUAUUAAUUAGCCCAUUUCUCAAGUGGGUGGUGGUUGUAUUUGAUUUUCUUUAGCAAGUGGACAAGUAUUUUGUCAUUGAUUAAGCUGCACAAUAUUUUUUUA